CUGUUCUCUUUGUACAAGUCUUUCCCUUUUCUAUGGUACAUUGGUUCCAGGCGCCGUGGGGUACGAGUGGACGGGCAUACAAAAUGGACUCGAAGAACAACAUUUACACGAAAAAUGAGCGACUAACCAACGAGGAGGUCAAUGUAGAGCGGCUAAUUCGCAUGUACCGAGCCAACCAGUGUCUCUGGAAUCCCAAGUCCCCGGGUUACCACUGUGCGCCCCUAAAGCAGAGCGCCUGGAACCGCAUCACGCGGAUUCUCAACAACGGCCUAACGACGGAUCAGGUUAAGCUGCAGGUGCUCUCCCUUCGCAACUACUACGACACGGAAUGCCAGGCCAUCAAGCGUAGCCAGCGGGAGGGAUUAACCUACGUUCCCUGUCGCUCGAUCUUCAAGGACCUCCAAUUCCUGCCCGACCUGGAACCGGAUGAGGCAGAGAAGUUCAACGGCAGACCUAGCGUCUACGACGACCAACUGCAGUUUAUUAUUGAUGAUGUCAUGUCAGUCAUGAGCAAGAACUUGGUGGAGUGUAGGCGCAGUUUACACGUCGAUCCAGAUAUCUCUUCUCCAAAUAAAAGCUCCAAGGAAUUCGUUGAAUUCGAUAUCUCGUCCUUGUCUGACUCGGACUGCGAGACGCCGGUAACUUCAUUACCAUUACGUGCCACUUCCGGAGCCGAUCGUCAGUACGAUGGGCAAGAUGAAAAGGAGUCUAGCAACUCCUCGUCCCACCAGCAGUCGAGGGAACGGUAUCAGGUUAGAGGCGCAUGUCCGUGUCCCCCAGACUCUGAUCGGGAAGGACGAUUCCAAAGACAUGCCAGACCUACAGAAAACUAUAGCCACAAUGGUCCGUUCGAGGUCGCACCAACAACCACUCCUCGCAAUUCACCAGCCGAGCAUCUGCAACCACUCAGACCGAGGAUGGAGGCCAGCAACAGUAACUCUCAAUGCAGCAGAAACUCCACCGAGCACCAAAGUAGUAGCGCCCGCAGUAACUACUGCAGUCGACCUUCUGACAAGGAGGAGUGCAAUGUCCUGUUGCUCAAGUUUAAUCCAGAAAAUGACAUGCGGCCACGAACUAAUAACAAAGUCUUCUGUACCUAUCAUCCUGCUGACAACAGGGAGAUCCAAGAGGACAAUCGAGACUAUAACGACAUCGACGCCAGCGGACAGCAACUACAAUCAGCCGAAACUCCAUUGUUCGAGUAUUACAACUCCAACGAGAACAAAGCUCUUCCGGCGGACUGCAGCUACAGCUAUGACCCUAGUCAUCAGGAGAACACAGAGCAAAACGAGCAGGAUCAAAAUUUUUAUUAUCCGGAAGGUUCAGACCCAUAUGAAUAUGACGAUUGCUACUGUACGCCAGCUCAGGAAGUCGCUCAACUUUAUCAUCAGGGAGAGGAAUCGAUAGCCAACGAAGAGCCAACCUUGCGGCGUCCCCAGCCGUUUGCUGGAUACCAGAGGAAAUACAGCAACACCGAACCUGAUGAUGCUCCAACUGAUGCACAAACGAGAGAGCAGUUCAGUCCCAACCGCCUCAAACGCAUGCCGCAACCCCGCCAGGAAGAUAUUCCUGGGUCCAGCUCAAAAGAUACCACGAACUCCGCUCCGAUUGUGAGGAGUCGGGGAUCCCGUAGCUCUGGGGCAGAUUCCUAUGGGGCACAACAGUGCGCUGCACUUGCUGCACAAAUUAUGGACGAUUAUUGUCUCGGCCAAUGCAGACGCGUGCAGAAAACGUAUCCGGAUGAUGAUGAUGAAUUCUGCGAAGAGCCAGUGGCCAGGCGACCCCAAAGACGUUACCAGCCCGAAGACAUAAUUUAUGUAGAGUGUCCAGCCCGGAGGCAAGGACAACCCAGAAAUGAAGUGGCGAGACGAAGGGAGAGUUCUCCUUCAAAGGUGUCGAAGGCAAGAGAUGAGUACAAAUAUGCUCCUCAAGAUGAUUUCGUGAAAAGUACGGAACAAGACCAAGGGAGGAGGACUUCCAAUCAAUUUGCUCGAGAAUACACUCAGGACAGACAACAAGGCCAGUACGAGUACGAUGCAGAAGAAUCUUUCGAAGAUGCCGAGCAGAGGGCAAAACCGAUUCCCCAGAGAAGAUCGUAUAUUCGAGAGACAGCCCAAGCAGAAGACCAAAGCAGAGGUGCCCAACCGCCUUUCCAAAGAUUUGAAAAAAUCCCUUGCAAGGAUGACACAUGUCCACUUUUAAGCCGAACAAUGGAAGUGGCGCCAAGACAAGUUUCGAGGAGAUCGUCCGAUAAAGGCCAGACUAAACCUGAAAAGCGCACCCCUCCGUCAGAACGCCAACAGCAAAUACGAGGCCAGACAGACUACAGACAAAGACGUGGGAUGGAUGGCACCGACGAGCCAUACAUGACCAAUAGAUGCCUGCCAAGCAGCCCAAACGACAGUCAGCCAAAAUCAGCACCGACUUUAAACCAAAAGUAUGGAAGUCUUGAAAAUUCAAUCGAUCCAUACGAAGUCGAUGAUUGCCUCUGCGAGGAUGACCCCAAGUAUCCCCAAGAGAUUGCCUCAACUAAAAGAAAAAGCCGGCAGGAUGAUCUAGGGAUUCCGUCUUCAGAGAGAAACAACCGGGAUGACCGGCAUCAAGAGCAAAGGCCAAAGCAGUAUCCCCAGCGGAAAUCGUAUCAGCGGGAGGAGACUGCAAAGAAUCGACCACAAGGCCAAAGAUUUCAGGAAAUCCCUUGCAACAAUAAUUUGUGCCCAUUUGUAAACCCAAAUUUUCCAGAGAAUACCUCAUCGAAGAGAAAUAGCCAAGAUGACCGGCCGCUCAAAUCAAACCCGACUUCAAAGAAAAUGGAUAGCAGACAGGAAGAGUCAACGGAUCUAUACGAGGGCGAUGAUUAUCUGCGCGAGGAUGAUUCCAUGGUUCCAGAGAAAACUUCAGAUAAGAAAAAUAUCCGCUUGGAAGAAUCAAGGGGUCCAGUGACAGCCUCAACAAAAAGAAACAGCCGAGAUGACCGCCAGGAAGAACCAAGUGUUUCAGACGUUGUCUCUUCAGAGAAAGGUAGUCGUCGGGAAGAACUAAGUGUUCCAGAUACUACCUCAUCGAAGAGAAAUAGCCAAGAGAACCGGCAGCCCAAAUCAAACCCGAUUUCUAAGAAAGUGGAUAGCAGACAGGAAGAGUCAACGGAUCUAUACGAGGGCGAUGAUUAUCUGCGCGAGGAUGAUUCCAUGGUUCCAGAGAAAACUUCGGAUAAGAAAAAUAUCCGCUUGGAAGAAUCAAGGGGUCCAGUGACAGCCUCAACAAAAAGAAACAGCCGAGAUGACCGCCAGGAAGAACCAAGUGUUUCAGAGGUUGUCUCUUCAGAGAAAGGUAGUCGUCGGGAAGAACUAAGUGUUCCAGAUACUACCUCAUCGAAGAGAAAUAGCCAAGAGAACCGGCAGCCCAAAUCAAACCCGACUUCAAAGAAAAUGGAUAGCAGCCAAGAAGAGUCAACGGAUCUAAACGAAAUCGAUGAUUGUCUUUGCGAGGAUGAGUCCAUGAUUACAGAGAAAACUUCGGAAAAGAGAAAUAUCCGCUUGGAAGAAUCAAGGGGUCCAGUGACAGCCCCACCAAAAAGAAACAGCCGAGAUGACCGCCAGGAAGAACCAAGUGUUCCAGAGGUUGCCCCUUCAGAGAAAGGUAGUCGUCGGGAAGAACCAAGUGUUCCAGAUAAUACCUCAUCGAAGAGAAAUAACCAAGAGAACCAGCCGCCCAAAUCAAAUCCGACUUCAAAGAAAAUGGAUAGCAGCCAAGAAGAGUCAACGGAUCUAAACGAAAUCGAUGAUUAUCUCCGCGAGGAUGAUUCCAUGGUUCCAGAGAAAACUUCAGCAAAGAGAAAUAUCCGCCUGGAAGAUUCUAGGGAUCCAGUGAUAGCCUCAACAAAAAGAAACAGCCGAGAUGACCGCCAGGAAGAGCCAAGAGUUCCAGAGGUUACCUCGCCAAAGAGAAGUAGUCGUCGGGAAGAACCAAGUGUUCCAGAUACUACCUCAUCGAAGAGAAAUAGCCAAGAGAAUCGGCCGCCCAAAUCAAUAACGACAUCAAAGAAAAUGUAUGACAGCCAAGAAAAGUCAACGGAUCUAAACGAAAGCGAUGAUUGUCGCUGCGAGGAUGAGUCCCUGUUUCCAAAGAAAACUUCAGCAAAGAGAAAUAUCCGUCUGGAAAAGGCCAGCGUUUCAGAGAAUGACUCUUCAAAAAAAAGUAGUAAUCGAGAAGAGCCCAUAGUUCCAGUGAUUGCUUCAUCGAAGAGAAACUGGCGAGACGAUCAUACGGAUGAUCUGAGAGCUCCAAGGAUUCAAUCUUCAAAAAGAAACAACCAAGAUGACUGGCAACAAGAGCAAAGGCCAAGACGGUAUCCCCAGCGGAGAUCGUAUCAGGGAGAGGAACCUGCAAAGAAUCUACCACAAGGCCAAGCAUUUGAGGAAAUCCCUUGCAACAAUAACUUGUGCCCAUUUGUGAAACCAAAUUUUCCAGAGAAUACCUCAUCGAAGAGAAAUAGCCCAGAUGACCGGCAGCCCAAAUCUAGACCGACAUCAAAGAAAAUGGAUAAAAGCCAAGAAGAGUCAUCGGAUCUAUACGAGGUCGAUGAUUGCCUCUGCGAGGAUGACCAUAUGGGUCCCCAAGAAAUUACCUCAACAAAAAGAAAUAGCCGGCAGGAUGUUUUGGGGAUUCCGUCUUCGAAAAGAAACAACCGAGAUGACCGGCAACAGGAGCAAACGAAAAGACAAUAUCCCCAGCGGAGAUCGUAUCAGGGAGAGAAGCCUGCGAAGAAUCUACCACAAGGCCAAAGAUUUGAGGAAAUCCCAAAUCAAAAUUUUCCAGAGAAUACCUCAUCGAAGAGAAAUAGCCCAUAUGACCGGCAGACCAAAUCAAGACCGACAUCAACGGAUCGAUACGAAGUCGAUGAUUGCCUCUGCGAUGAUGAGUCCAUGGUUCCAGAAAAAACGCCAGCAAAGAGAAAUAUCCGCCAGGAGGAACCAACCAGAAGUAGUCGUUGGAAAGAACCCAGUGUGCCCGGGACUGCCCCACCAAAGAGAAACAGUCAGAACGACCGUAAGGGAAAAUUGGCACCUACUUCACAGAAAAUGAAUGUCGGAAAUGAAAAGCCAAUGGAACCAAAGGAAGUCGAUGAUUGCCGUUGUGAUGAGAAUGUGGAGAUCGCCGCAUCAAAGAGAAACAGGAAUAAAAACAGUAGAAAGGAUGAUGAGAAGGAUACUAAAGCACAGACGGAUAAUACGAAGGGAAGUCGAAACAAUAAUGAAGAACCGAAGAAAACCACACCCAAAAAGAACAAUACUUUUAAAAAUUAUGUUAACGAACAGAAGUGUGAAUGCGAUGAUGCUGAUAAUUCUUACCGGCAGCCCGAUAACUAUUCGAAGAAGGCUAAUGGGAGGAAUAUUCCACACAGUACGAAAGAGUCCACACGAACUUCAAUUAAAAAGAACGUUACAGCGGUCCCAACGAGGACUGGAAAAGAAGAUGAAAAGGAUAACAGUGACAGUGAGUACUGUGAUUGCCAGAUUGGGGUCGAGUCUCCAAAUGGGAAAAACAUAAGAAGCAAAUCUGGGAACAGUAGAAAUACUGAAGACGUUGAAGAAGUGAAUGAAAAAGGUAGGAAUAUGCGUUUAGAUAUAAAGAAAAAAGAGAACGGUACAGAAAGUAUGGAUGAUUUGGAGGAUUCUACCAGUUUAUGUGAGUGCGAAUGCUUUUGCGAGGACGAAGAGGAGAAGCCAACAGAUGAGAAAGCGGAGGAGGAGACGUCCGCCAAGAAGAAGGUUCGUACUCAGCAGAUCGCCAAGGCAACGCCACGGAGCCAGUCCACUGCAGGUCGAUCCAGUGCGACCCCAAAGUCUAGGCUCAGGCGUAGCUCCAACACGGAAGAGAUGGCAAAGAAGCCCAUUUCUUCGAGAAGUAGCAAACACAAUCGUCAAAUCAGCGGUAAGAGAUCCAUGAAAAACGCCGACUAUGAUGGUGGCACCAGUAGCGGCUGCCCCUUUGAUUUAAACAGGGCUUCAUACUACAUUUGCCAAUUACAGGAUGAAGAUGAAGAGAAUCAGUAUCUGAUAAUAGUGCCCGAAGCUAAGUACCGUAGGAUGAGUGUCAACAGGACUUGCCCAGGACAAGAGCUUGCGAAGAGGAAGCCCUGCACCCCGCGGCAGUGCUCUGGCUUCGAUACUUUGUCCUGGGCCAGUCCAAAGCCCGCUCACCAGUCGUCUUCAAGGAAAACGGAGGGUCUCUCUGUCCUUGGCUCCUAUAUGGUGCCACCAGUCGCCGCAGAGACCACCAUGAGCAUUAUCAACCAGCACAUUAAAAUGUCGAUAGGGCGCAAGCCAGUAGUAGAACUGAUCCAAAAGAACCAUAAAUACUGCACCAGCAAGAAAAACGUGAAUUCUCCUCCUAAGAUGCAAUGCAAGCCUAAGCCCAAACCGAUGACAGCAAUGGCUUAUAAUCGCACGCCCAUCCUUCGACCGAUCCAUGAGACAAGUUCAAUAUUGGCAGAGAACCGCACCGUACUGCUCUCCAAAAAUCCGGGUUCGAGUUCCAAUCAAGAGGUAAUCGUACUGCAUCCGCCCGUCCUUGGCUUUCGACCCUCCAAGAACUCCCUCUGCCUGGAUGAUGUGCAGAUGCAGCUUAUCAAAGUUCAGCACAGCGAGCCGCAUGUGAGCCCGAGGCCGAUGUGAUCUGAAACAGAGCCAUCCAGAGGUUGAACUCUAUGGCGUAGCCAUCCAGCCAUACCAUAGCUGAUAUUUCUUCACACAUAGUUCUCUGCCCCAACCAAUGUACCAGAGUAUCAUAGUAAAGAACAGCAACAAACCGAAGCCGCAGGA